AUGAGUGCCUUCUUCUGACAAUAUUCUCUCCACUGUGUCUUCUUCACUGUUCUCAUCGGGUCCCGUGUUCCCUGCAAAUCUAUUCCUUCAACUUAUUUCCUUUUUCUUUUCAAAAAUUAAAAUUUAACUUCUCUUCUCUUCUCUCUUUUCUUUUUUUCUCCUUUGGGUUUCGGGCUCUUCGCCUUAUGACUUCUGUCCUUCUUGCUUUACCUUUUCCUUUGUUUUUUAUUUUUGAGAAAGGACAUUAGAGCUGAGAGGUUUCCCAAAACCAAUCCAUUAAUAAUUGCAGCCUUGAAAACCUAAAUGAUUUUUUAUGGAAAUGGAAACGGAGCCAUUUAUUGCUCACAUUUAUAGCGUUCUCUUCUUUCCAACAUUUCAAUACUCUCUUAUUACACCACCAAUGGCAAUGAGUGUCCCUCUUCCUUUACCGAUUAGGGAAACCCUAAGCUCUCUUCACCUCCCGAUUCUAAGUUCUUCUGUUUUCUGAUGUUUCACGUUGGUCACUGAUCGCUUGAUUUCUUUCAGGCUUCUCUCAUUCCAAUAUUCUUCUUGGAGCUCUGCAUUUUGGAGAAAUUUUAAGAGGCUAUCAAGGGUUUAUUAUUGAACUCUUAAAGAUGCCAUUUUUAGCGCUGAAAUGGUGAAUGUAUAUAUGUGGUAAAGGUGGUACGUUUAUUCAGAUUUUUAGGUGUUCUUAGAUUUGCACUGAAAUACUGCUUUUGCCCACUGAUUUUGAUGAUCAUUUUAUUGGAGAUGGUGUAGGCUUCUUCGGGUUUUAGAUAAUUAAGUUCGUGGUGGAUGGCCUUUACAUUUGGAGCAGGCAUUUUGUUGAGAUCUUCGAGGAUCCUUUCAUAUCUGAUUCUGCUUUGACCAUUUUGACUAAGAAGAUUUAAGUUAGGGUCCUUUUAAGAUUUGGGGAAAAGCGGAAAAAGAAGAAGAUACAAAAAAGGAAGUUUUUUCCGGAUCCAGAGUAUUAUUAUUCUACAGUUAGUAGAUUUUCUUCAAGUUAUGUGAUUUGGAUCCUGAAUCGUGAUUUCUUCGGAGAACACUCUACUGUUUUUUAAUUUUUUCAAAGAAACUUUGGCUAGAAAAGAUGGAUUUCUUCAAAGUAAAGAAGUUCAAAAAAGCCUACAAACCAGACCCUGAGAAGGAUUUAGAGGAUAAACCUGUGUCGCAGCCGGAGGAACCAAAGAAUGAAAAUGGCGGCGGUGGUAAUGUGAGCAACAAGUCUGCUAAUGCUGAUCUUGUAGCUGAAGCUGAGGAUGAUGACGAUGAUUUCAUAACAAAUGAGGUGAAGAGGAGGUUGAAAGAACUCAGAAGAAACAGUUUUAUGGUAUUAAUACCUGAAGAAGAGUCAUGUCCUGAGGAGGAGGAAGACGAGGAGGAGGCUGAAGGAGUGACAAACUCUAGUGAAUGGAGGGAUGUUGAAGCAGAAGGAAGGAAAUGGUGGAGUGGGUUUGAUGCUGUAUAUGAGAAGUACUGUGAAAGGAUGCUGUUCUUUGAUCGGAUGAUUUUGCAGCAACUCAAAGAAACCGGCUGCCAUACUCCGUUAACUCCAUCACCAAAGUCCGCAUCAAAGAAGUUAUCGUCCCCUUUCCGCUGCCUUUCUUUGAAGAAGAUAGAAGAACCUGAAGAUGGAAAUGAGCACCUGCAGCAGCCACAGUAUGACCCAUAUCAAGAUAUUGAAAAUGCAUAUGUAGCUCAAGUUUGCUUAACUUGGGAGGCGCUUCACUGUCAAUACUCACAACUAAGUCAGAAAAUUUUGUGUCAACUGGAAAGUUCAACAUGUUAUAACCACAGUGCUCAACAGUUUCAGCAGUUUCAAGUUUUAUUGCAAAGAUUUAUUGAGAAUGAGCCCUUUGAGCAAGGUCUUAGAGCUGAAAUUUAUGCUCGUUCAAGGAGUCUUCUACCCAAACUGCUCCAGGUUCCAAAUGGAAAAGGUUCAGAUGAAAAAGAAACAGGGGAAAUGGAGUCUGAUUUACAGGUCCUGGCACCUGAUCUUAUUAGAAUUAUGGAGAGCUCAAUCCUUACUUUCCAACUCUUCCUGAAGACAGACAAGAAAAAGUCCAGCAGUGUUCUGAACUUGUUUGGAAAUCAGAACCAAAUUGCUACUCCUCUUCAACUAAUUCAAUCUUCCCUUGAGAAGAAAAGGAUGAGGCUGAAGGAAAUGUGUAAAAAAAGUAAAGGUUGGAAGAAGAAAUCAUGGCCCCAAGUGUAUGAAGACGUGGAGCUGUUGUUUGGGCUAAUAGACAUAAAAAUCUUAUCCAGGGUUCUUAGGAUGGUGAGGAUCAGUAAGGAGCAGUUAAUUUGGUGUGAAGAAAAGAUGAAAAAACUACAUAUAUCAGAUGGGAAAUUUGGAAGAGAUCCCUCACCUAUCCUGUUCCCUUGUUGAUAGCUGUGAAAAAGGAUGGAUGAAGAAGGUUUUUCGAGAUGAGCUGCAGUCAGACACCCAUCUGUUUGUUUCGUUUUUAAAAGGUGUAUAUCAUUAAUGUGAUGAAAGCUUUUUCCCUGAUAGCAGAUGAAUAGAUGGUAUAAAUUAGCUAUGAAAAUUGUACUAUCUGUUUAUCUGCGAAAAAGGCAUGCUUAUGAAGAAGGGUAGAAGGGUAUUGAUGCAGCCAUGUGUAUUGUGUUUAUUUAACUGAAAUUGUUCUGUACUGUUAGUAUGUUGAAAAUGAAGAGAACUUGCACUUCUUCAACCA